GCCGCGGCCGCGUGCGCGGAGCUCGAGCGGCGGCACCGGGAGGGCCUGGCGCUCCUGCGCGCGGACCUCGCCGCCGCGCACGGGGCGCUGGCUGCGGCCCUCGGGGCCCGGCUGGCGCAGCCGCGGGCGCAGCCGCGGGCCGCCGCGCCCGAGGGCAGCGGCGGCUGCGCCCCAGGGCAGCCGGGGCUCCUCCGCAGCGGCGGCUGCGCCCCAGGGCAGCCGGGGCUCGUCAGCUCUGGGCAGCCGGAGCAGGCCGGCGGUGCGUGGACGGAGGUCGUCUCCACCGAGAGGCCCGAGGGCUCCGUGUCUGGGAAGACGGAGCCGACCUGCGCUGUGCAUGGGGCGGGCUCCAGCGAGCACUCGUAUCAGCUGCCGGGGGCAGUGCCGCGGAUGGAGGACAAGGUCAGUGCUGGCUUGGGAGGCCCAAGCGAGAGGCGACCGAGCUCGGGCUCUGAGUCGACGCAAGAACAUGAUGAUGACAUAGGCACGAGAAUUUCGCAAAAGCUCUUCGAGUCCAGGGGCAGCAAUUUCAGCGCGGAGCCCUUGAGCAGUUGGAGAGACUUCGUGAAUAGCUCCUACUUCGAGAUCAUCGUCGUCACCUGCGUCGCGCUCAAUUGCAUUUUCAUAGCGCUGGAGCUCCAGAACGAGGGCUUCAAGCUCGGUCAUGCUCUCGAGUACCCAUUGUACGAGGAUCCUGAUCCGUGGACGGGAGCCAGUGGUUUCUUUGACGCCAUGGGCUUGCUCUUCGGCGUCGUUUUCGCGGCUGAGCUAAUCCUUAAACUGAUGGUUUUGCGCAGAAAGUUCUUCGCUUCCUGGUGGAACGGGUUUGACCUAGUGGUCUUUCUUAUCUGGCUUACGGAGACACUCUUGUCUGCUGCAGGGGUGAACCCCGUCUACCUACGAUUUGCGCGCCUGGUCCGGCUGUUGCGUCUGGCAAGGUUCCGCCACAUCAACUCAUUCGACUCGCUGUUUCUCAUGUACACUUCGCUCAUCAACAGUCGUACCAUUUUGUUCUGGUCCUGUGCUUUUCUGUUCGCGCUCCAGAUCCUUUCUGCGUUGUUCCUGAGCCAGAUACUGCACACGAUGUAUUUCGGGAAUGACAGCAAUCCGGAGGCGGAGCAGCAGGCCGUCUUCAGGUAUUUCGGCUCCUUCUCGCGGGCGAUGCUGAGCACGUUUCAGAUGGCGCUGUCAGGCUCUUUCCCAAUCUAUCGGGUCUUGAUAGAGCACGUGAGCGAAUGGUUCAUCUUCGUAUGCAUUUUUUACCAGCUUACCGUGGGGUUGGCGGUCGUCGGAAUCAUCAAUGGUAUUUUUAUACAAGAGACGUUCAAAGCUGCGUCCAGCGACGAUCUCAUCAUGAUGCAUGCAAAAGAAAGCAAGAUGCGAGCCCACAGGAAUAACAUGACCAAGCUUCUUGCGGCCGGGGACAUGAACCCCGAGAAUGGACAGCUCGACCAGGCAGAGUUCAUCCAGCUGAUGAACAAUGAUGAUGUCAAACUGUGGUUGUCCUCGUUGGGUCUCGAUCCGUCUGACGCAGCUGCCUUGUUCACUUUGCUUGAUGCGGACAACGAAGGCACAGUCAGCAAAGCCGAGUUAAUCAACGGAAUUGCGAGUUUGCAAGGGCAAGCCAGAAGCUUGGAUGUUCACCUUUGUAUGCGCAGGCAGAGCGAUCUCAUCCGUCUGCUCUCCUCGAUUGUGCCAGAACGUGGGUCACAACGUGGCGGUCGGGAUCACGGGUCACGUGACUAG